AUGCUUCUGUGCCAUGGUUGCUGUGAUUGUUGUCCUUUGGGCAUUCUAUGCAGCGUGCUUAUCCCAAAUAAGCCGGCCGAUGUUUCGCGUCUGGAGCUUCACACUGGCCACGCUUGGUUUCGUGCUGUGUACACCACAAGCCUUUGUCCGAAUCAGCGACCCAUCGCUCCUUCCCACAGAGGAUGCUGUCCUUCUCACGUCUUUCGUACUUGGAGACGUGAUGAACCACAUAGCCCUGCUGAUGAUCAUUUACUGGGACAUUUGCAGAGAAUCUGUGAUGUUGAUCUUCGCAUUGGAUCCUGCAAAGCAAACGAAGAGCUUGAGGUUGUCCUUCCGUGUCGGCUCAGGGUUCAUGCUCAGCCAGGUCGCGAUCCUGGGUACGUUUCUGCCGCUUAUGGCGUUCUUGGAGGAGACGUCCCGCAGCCUGGCGAUCAGCAUCUUCUACGUCGGGCAGGUGAGCUUUAUCUUUGGAUUCGCGCCCCCUGUGGCCUUUGGACUCCUCGCCAGGAGUUUGCAGAAGCUUUGGGCCGAGUUACCACCGGAUCUUCCGAGAAGACUUGCCAACCGCCUGCGUUAUGCCCAAUGGGGCCUCUACCUGCUCUUGCUGGUAUGCCUUCUUUACGCACCCUGCGGGCUCCUUCCGUGAUACCCGAGCUGAACGAUUUCGGUGGCUUCAUCUAUACAUAUAUCGUGAUGCUGGCCGCCGGCGGCGUAGUGGUACUAUUGCUGGUUGCGGAGUUGACAGUGACACUACAGCAGUUGCGAAGCAAAGCUCGCCAAACACAGCCUGUUGCUGCAGAUCAGAUGGUCAAGGUAGCACGGGCUGGUGCUGAGAGUCUUCGAUGCCGGGAGGAUCGCCCAACUGGCGUAUACACUCCUGUCUGGCAGCGAGGUCUUGAGCACUCGAUCAUUCAAGGCUUCCUGGAACUGGCUGCGGAGGGGCUCUCAGAAUCCGCGAUUAAGACAAAUGAGGUCUGCCAGCGACAUGUCAAGCCACUGACAGCUCCUGCGGGCUGCUCCGCCUGGGAGGCGCUGGGUGCAGGAUGGGAUUCCUUGACGGUGGACGCUCAUCGACACCCUCGCUCUCAGCACCUGAACACACCGACGGUCAUGGUAAGCCACUGUUGGGCGAGCCCUUUUCAGGAUGUCGUGAAGAUCAUGGGGCGCUACGAUGAGAACACGAACAAGAGUAAUUUCUUUUUCUUUGAUGUCUUCAGUAUGAACCAGCACGACCUGUCCGAUCUUGCUGGACCUGAUCGGAAGGACCAGCCUGGACAAGAUAUGUAUGACGUGAUGCUAGAGGCUCUGACAAACUCGAUCCGCACGCCUCGUCGCGUGUUGCUGGCCCUGACGCCUCACCACGAACCGCAGCUGCUUUCAAGAUCUUGGUGCCUCUAUGAAAUUUAUAUGGCCUGGAAGCUGAAGGCGGAGGUCUCCUGUGGCUUUGUGCCAGCCGGAGAGCAGAUGGUCAUCCAAAGCUUGCAGGAGGGUGAUGUUUUGAUCGAGCAUAUGUUAUCCAAAGUGGAUGCUGAGAAAUCGCAGGCCACUGUGGAGUCCGACCGCCUCAUGAUACUGGAGCUCAUCCAGAAGGAUGGUGUGAGCAAGUUCAACCAGUUCGUGAGGGAAAAGCUUGCGGCCUCACUUCGGGUGGUGGCGUUGACAACGAUGCCAAGCACCACUUCAGCAGACCUGCUGGAUUGGGCCCCGGACAUGCCAGCAAGGACCAUUUCUUGCGACACAAGAAGUCACUUCGCUCGGCUGAUUUCCUUGGAGUCGACGGUCGAUGAGAAUGCGCCGCGGCUUCAGCUCUCUACCGGACGCAUCCUGGGCGAAUAUGUCGGGGCCACGGAGCACUUCAGCUCCAUCCCAUUUGCCGCACCGCCCCUGGGAGAGCGCAGGUGGCGAAAGCCCGCUCCGGUACAACCCUGGCAGGGGGAGCUGGACUGCAGCAGCCACCGGGCUCCGGAUGAUCGCCGAGGGCGACCCGUGCAGUGGGUGGAUCCGAGGUCGACGGAUCGGCUCCCUAACGAAGACUGCCUGUACCUUGACCUUUGGUUGCCCAAGGGCACGGCAGAGAGAUCUGGAAAGCCUCUUCUUCCGGUUCUAGUUUGGAUCUACGGCGGUGGACUCCUUGGUGGCUCCAAGGAUGACCCCGGCUCCUCAGGCCAGUGCUACGCGGAGCAGGGCAUCAUAUAUCUGAGCAUCAACUACCGCGUCGGGGCCCUUGGCUUUCUUUGCCCCAAGGGUGGCGACGCGAACUGCGGCCUCUGGGACCAGGUCGCCGCUCUCCAGUGGGUGCAGAAGGAGAUCCGGAGUAUGGGCGGCGACGCCACGCGGGUGGCCUUGAUGGAUGCAGAUGGCGCUUACUCGCUUACACAUGGCCGCGACCACUACGGCCAGCACUGCGGCCGCGAGCCGCUGGAGGCGAAGCCAUUCGCGGCGUUCCCGGACCUUGAGAACGACUUCAAGAAGGACAAGCUGCUGCAGAGUCGCUACGGCGUCUGUGUGGAGGAGUGCCCCAAGCAGUUUCAGACCAUCCCGGACUACGAGGGUGAUCUGAAGGAGGGCGGCCAGGCUUUGCGGAAGGAGAAGGACUCUCUGCUGUGGUACAUCUCGUUGCCCACCACCCCCAUCGCCGGUAGGUGCAUACCGUACGAUCCGCCACCGGAAUUCACGGGGGCCGUGGAGUUCUGCGCGGACCCACCAUGCCUUGCGAAAGAUGGAGUGCCCGAGAGCUAUCGGGAAGUCUGCGGUUUGCACAAGGACAAGACGGAUCGCUUCUGGCUUCUGUCGAAGGAGGUGGACGACAUCCUCGAAGACGGUUGGAAGAGGGAGGGUGCGGAUGACCAGGUGGUGGCCGCAAGGGUUCGCUUGGCUGCGCAGGACAAGACGGAGCCCUGCAAAGUGAAAGUCUACCGGGACACUCGCGUGCAAACUGCGCCAGUGGAUUCCAGCCUCACUUACAGCCUUCUUACCAAGUACACGGGCCAGAUCUUCGUGUGGUGCAAACGGAUCUAUGAGAAUCGAUGGCUUGUGCUUGGCCUGGGCAUCGGGGGGUCGCUGGUACUCUCGAUGGCUAUCAUCAUGGGCUUCGCAUGCUGCGUGGGCCUCGUCGUGCAUGUGCUCAUCGCGCUGCUUUUCGCAGUCUUGAUUUGUGCGGACUACGUCUUGUUCCGCCAGGCAGGCCUCGUCACUGGGCGGACAGGGAAGAUGAUCCUCGAUAUGCUCCAGAAAGUCACUGAAUGGGACAUGCCAGCAGAGUUGGGAUCGUUGAUCCAGGACUCGACGCAGGAUGAGCAGAUGCGUGAAGUGUACAAGUGGUCGGCCGUUGGACUGUUGCUCUGCAUUCUACUGCUCGCCUGCGCGGCUCUGGCAGCUCGAAAAAACCUCCAAAUCCUCGUCGCGUUGCUGAAGGAGGCCUCCAACACGAUGCGCGAGAUGCCCUCGUUGCUCCUGGCCCCCUUCAUGCUGGCCUUGAGCAUGAUCUUCAUGUCGGUGGUCAUGCUCUGGGUUUCGCUGGCCUUCGCCACAGCCAACGCUUCCGACAUCCCUCGGACCACGGAGGCCUGGCACCUUUACAUCUACCCUGCACUGAAGGCUGCCGGCCUAGCACAGGCAAACGAAAUGACACAGAUGCGCCAGACGGCCCUGGUCUUCAACCUCUUCGUGUUCCUUUUCAUCUACCAUUUCCACGUGUCCCUCUGCAUUGCCAUCACAGCCAUGUGCGUCUCUCACUGGCCGUGGGAGGGGGUGGCGGGAGUCUCGCCCUCGCCCUCACAUUUCAAUCCCGGACUUCGAGUAGAGCGGAAUGCGGGCACAGGAGUGAACUCGGAAGGAUGGUUCUUCGGCCGCCCUAUCCUCUUGGCCUUCUUGCGCCUUUGUCGACACCAUCUUGGCUCGCUGGUCUUUGGCUCCUGUAUCAUGGCCAUUGCUACAGCGCUCCGACUUAUCUUUGAGUACGUCGCCGCGAAAACGAAAGACCAGGAGUCAAACCCGGUGGUGCGCGCUGCCGUUUGUGCGUGCCGCUGCUGCCUGUGGUGUCUGGAGCGGUGCCUACAGUUCAUCACCGAGUAUGCAUACGUCUAUGUGGCAGUGACUGGCAAGACUUUCUGCUCCUCUGCUCAUGCGUCUUUCGUUUUCUUCGCCAAGUACCCAGUGCAAACCGCGAUGGACAAGAUGGCGUCUGCAGCCUUGGGCUACCUGCUCUGUGUGACCGUCCCUCUGGGCCUGGCCGUGGUCGCCUUCCCAUGGCUGUCGGAGGGGUCCUGGCCGCCCUGUGCCAUUGUUAUCAUAGCCCUUGCGUAUGUUACGACUCGCCUGGCGGCUGGAAUCUACGAUGUGUGCAUUACGACUUUGUUCGUCUGUGUGAUGCGCGACUGCGAACAUUACGAUGGCCGCUACAUGAGCAAAACUCUCCGGAGCGCUUGCGGCUUCGGCGAGCUCGCUCGCCAGAGCCUGGCGGCGCGUCAGUCGGCCGUCGAUGGCAUCGAGCUACAGUGA